AUGGGCGUUGACGGCGAUGCCUCCCCGCCACGGGAGUUCGAUGAAUUCGAGACAGGUAUAGAAGAGAUGCUUCAACACCUAGUAAGAAGAGAUGCAAACGAACAGAGAUGGACGAUAGACCAAACCACCAAAGUCCGACUCGAAUCCGCAACUCAAGGCCCCCCAGCACGCGCUACAUUUCGACUGUUCGUUACACCCGCCAUGACAAACGCACUGAAUAACUUGCACGGUGGCUGCGCAGCAACUAUAAUCGAUAUCUUAACUGUAAUACCCGUCAUGGCUGUCGGGAAGCCAGGCGUGUUUCAAUAUGGAGGUGUGAGUCGGAAUUUGAAUGUUACAUAUUUGCGACCGGUCCCCGUACAUACCGAGAUAAGGGUUGUGUGCGAGGUUACGCAGAUUGGGAAAAGGUUGUCGUUGUUGAGGGCGGAGAUAAGGAGAGUGGAUGAUGAUGCGCUUUGUGUACUUUCAGAGCAUCAGAAGGCUAAUACGGAUCCGCCGGCGGAUCCGAAGUUAUAG